AGGCGGGCGGGGGCAGGGGGAGGCCCGGCAGCGCUGACACUGCCGGUACCGUGGUGCUAGGUGGCUGGUACUGUCGGUGCUGCUGGCGGGGGUUCCACGUCCCGCUUCGGGCUCAGAAAUAGGAGUCGGUCCCUAGCUGUGACAGCUCACCGUUUUCAUGCGCCCGAAAUGGCGCGUCUGGCAGCAGUUCCACUCCUCCCCUGUCCUGAUUGGCCGCCGGGGUAGCGCCGAGCCCAGCGAUUGGCCCGAGGUCGAUCUUUCACACUUGUCCCCAGAGGAGAGAUGGAGGGUGGAGCACGUACGGAUGCACGCCAAGCACCGUGGCCACGAGGCGAUGCAUGCCGAAAUGGUUCUCAUCCUCAUCGCCACACUCGUGGUGGCACAGCUCCUCCUGGUUCAGUGGAAGCAGCGGCACCCUCGCUCCUACAAUAUGGUGACCCUCUUCCAGAUGUGGGUAGUGCCUCUGUAUUUCACUAUCAAGCUGAACUGGUGGCGGUUCCUGGUGAUCUGGGUGCUCUUCUCAGCAGUCACAGCUUUUGUCACCUUCCGGGCAACUCGAAAGCCUCUGGUACAGACAACACCCAGGCUGGUUUAUAAAUGGUUUCUACUAAUAUACAAGAUUAGCUAUGCUACUGGGAUCGUGGGGUACAUGGCUGUCAUGUUUACGCUUUUUGGUCUUAACUUAUUAUUCAGAAUCAAACCAGAGGAUGCAAUGGACUUUGGCAUCUCCCUCCUCUUCUACGGUCUUUACUACGGAGUGCUGGAACGGGACUUUGCUGAGAUGUGUGCAGAUUACAUGGCUUCAACCAUUGGGUUCUACAGUGCCUCAGGAAUGCCCACCAAGCACCUCUCCGACAGCGUCUGUGCCGUCUGUGGCCAGCAGAUCUUCGUGGAUGUCAAUGAGGAAGGGAUCAUUGAGAACACCUACCGCCUCUCCUGCAACCACGUGUUUCAUGAGUUCUGCAUCCGGGGCUGGUGCAUUGUUGGGAAGAAGCAGACGUGUCCAUACUGCAAAGAGAAGGUGGAUCUCAAGAGGAUGUUCAGUAAUCCCUGGGAGAGGCCACACGUCAUGUACGGGCAGCUGCUGGACUGGCUGCGCUACUUGGUGGCCUGGCAGCCAGUGAUCAUUGGACUGGUCCAGGGAAUCAACUAUAUCCUGGGGCUGGAGUAAGGGCAGGUGGUGGGGAGCCGCGGAACCACGAGAGGACAUUGUCACCGGGGAUGCUGGCUUUGCUCCGUCGCCUCUCAGGACCUUGGCCACCCUCAAGGACAACAACAUCGAGGCCCCUCCUGCUGGGGCUAGGGGAGGAUUUUUUAAAAAGUUAUUUUAAUGAGCAUAUUUAAAACUUUCUAUUGCAGCCAAAAAGAGACGCUUGUCCCCUUUCCCUGCACCUCUCCUGCCCUGUGCAGCGCCCUGCUGGGCUGCCCUUUGGGCUGGGGGCUGUUCUCCAGCUCCCUCCUGCCACUCUGUUAGGGGAGGCCGUAGGGAGAAAGGCUGAGGCUUUGCCAGCUCCAACACCAGCACCCUGGAGCAGCCUUGCUGGCAGCGAGGAUGGGAUAUGGGGGCUGCAGAGGAGAGCCUAGCACCCUGAAAGAGGGGAUGGAAGGUCGCCUGGCUACCCCCGGCUUACCAUGGGUAUGCCAGCAGGAACCAGGCUGCCCUCCAGCAUGGUGAUGGUGGGCUCUGCCUCGGGGAACCCUUUUAUAUGCUCCCAAAUUUUCUGUGUUCCUCCCUGGAGUCCUGCGGUGUCCCCUAACUGCUCCGGGGGGGUCAGCCAAGGCAUGGUGUGGAGCCAGUGCUGUUCGUCUCUGUGCCCUUUUGGGUAACAGUGACAGUCAAGAGCACCAAGAGCGGGUGCCCCUGCCCCAGGGCGCGGGUCCGCCCUCACUGGGUAUUGCUCUUGGCGCUGGAAUAAAAGGGAUGGAGUGAAGGUUGGGCUGGUGCUGGCAUUUCCCUGCCCCAGCAUUACUCCAUGACAUUCUCCUGGCCAUGCUGGUAGGAGCCAUGCCAAAGUCCUGGUGGUGCGAGUGGCUUUGGGCUCAAUUUUUGGUAGUGGGUGGGGGCAAAGUCCCCAAUCCCAGGGCCAGCGGUGGUAUUUUGGCAUAUGGAGACUUGAGUCGUAUUCCCUGAGGGCACUGGGGUCUGGUGGAGAGCUACAAGACAGCUCCUGGCUCAAGGGAUUUGGGAAGUGGCCACAGCAGUGGCAUGGCUGUGGGUGUUGUGUGGGCUGUGUUCCCCCUGGGGAGCCUCAGUGCCAUGCUGCAUCCUCUUGAGUUUUCUUUUGGGUAAAACCACAUUGCAGUGUUGUGCCAAACACCGAAAUAAGAGCCCUGGAAACGGA